UCUAAUGCCCUAUUUCGUUCCUCGUGAGCUCUUCCCAUGGCGGCGGUCCCGUUCCCGGCUGGAUCGGCGGUGAAUCUCGCCCCUGAGGCGUCUCCAGCGGCGUCGAUCUCACUCGUGGUGCCGUCAUGCAGCAGGAAUCUUCGAUCGCCUCGGCAUUUUCUUGGCAGGGGAUCGCUGCUCCACAGCUACCGCGAGCGCCGCCCAGCGGCAUUCCGAUCCAACGCCGCCAGGGCCGAGGUCUCUGUGCGAUCGCAGCAGCCGCUGGAUGUGACGCCCAGGCCGACCGUGCUCGUCGCUGAGAAGCUGGGAGAGGCCGGCCUGGAUCUCCUCCGCAAGGUAGCCAACGUCGACUGCUCCUACAACCUCUCCCCCGAGGAGCUCCUGGCCAAGAUUUCCCUGUGUGACGCAGUGAUCGUGAGGAGCGCUACCAAGGUCACAAAGGAGGUGUUUGAGGCGGCCAAUGGAAGACUAAAGGUCGUGGGGAGGGCUGGCGUUGGGAUCGACAACGUCAACUUGCAAGCCGCCACCGAGAAGGGCUGCCUGGUAGUGAAUGCUCCCACGGCAAACACUGUGGCAGCGGCAGAGCACGCCAUUGCUCUCCUUGCUGCAUUGGCCAGGAACGUCGCGCAAGCAAACGCCUCUGUCAAAUCAGGGAAGUGGCAGAGAAGCAAGUACACGGGCGUUUCUCUAGUAGACAAAACCAUCGCCGUCAUGGGCUUUGGGAAAGUGGGAUCGGAAGUUGCUCGAAGAGCCAAAGGCCUGGGCAUGCACGUAAUUGCGCACGAUCCGUAUGCUCCCGCCGACAGGGCCCGCGCGAUUGGAGUGGAGCUCGUUGGCUUCGACGAGGCACUGGCUCGAGCCGACUAUAUCUCGCUCCACAUGCCGCUCACGGAUGAUACCCGGGGCAUUUUCAACGACGAAACUUUUGCGAAGGUGAAGAAGGGAGUUCGUAUCAUCAACGUCGCGAGGGGCGGUGUCAUUGACGAUGCUGCGUUGAUCAAGGCACUUGACAAUGGCACUGUGGCUCAGGCUGCUCUCGAUGUGUUCGAGCAAGAACCGCCUGCAAAGGACAACAAGGUGGUCCAGCACGAGAAUGUGAUAGUUACUCCGCAUCUAGGUGCGAGCACGGUAGAAGCGCAGGAAGGCGUGGCCGUAGAGAUUGCUGAGGCUGUCGUUGGCGCGUUGCGUGGAGAGCUUUCCGCUACUGCGGUGAACGCUCCAAUGGUUUCCUCCAAGGUUUUAACCGAGCUUGCGCCGUAUGUCUCACUGGCCGAGAAGCUGGGAAAGCUAGCCGUGCAGCUGGUAGCCGGCGGGGGCGGAGUCAAGGACGUAACCAUCAGCUACACGUCCGCCCGGUCCCCGGACGAUCUAGACACCCGGCUCCUCCGCGCGAUGAUCGUCAAGGGCCUGGUGGAGCCAGUGUCGAACGCCUUCAUCAACCUCGUGAACGCGGACUACGUCGCAAAGCACCGUGGCAUCCGGAUCAGCGAGGAGAGGCACCCGGCCGAGGGGGGCAGCACGCAGGCCCAGCCGCUGGAGAGCAUCGCGGUGAAGAUCUCCAACGUGGAGUCCAAGUUCUCGAGUGCAGUCUCCGACGGUGGAAGGGUGGCGGUGGCGGUGGCGGGCAGGAUCAAGGACGGGCUUCCACACCUCUCGCAGGUGGGGCAGUUUAGCAUGGACGUGAGCCUGGAGGGAUCGGUCAUCCUGUGCAAACAGGUGGAUCAGCCGGGGAUCAUCGGGAAAGUUGGCGGGCUGCUGGGCGACGGGAACGUGAACGUGAGCUUCAUGAGCGUGGGGAGGACUUCACCCAGGAAGCAGGCGGUGAUGGCGAUUGGCGUGGAUGAGGAGCCGAGCAAGGAAGUGCUGCACAGGAUCGGGGCCAUCCCGGCGGUGGAGGAGUUCGUGUUUCUCAAGCUCUAGGAAGCUUUUUCUGCCACAGGAACCUCUGGAAGAUCAUCGCUCAAGCGAAGGGAAUGAAAGUUCUAUUCAUUGUCCAGCAUUGACAAGGUUUGAAAGUACUAAAUUCCUGGUUA